AUGUCUACAAACCAGCUGGUGCUCACGAAGCAGAAGCCGCCUGCAACUAAAACUGCGAUCACUAUUGAACAAUCGCAGAAGCUAGUACAGACCAUGCUAACCAUGUCUUUUGGUUGUAUAGCAUUUCUUAGAGGUUUAUUCCCUGAUGAGAAUUUCAUAGAUCAAAGAUUUGUACCUGAAAAAGUGGAUAAGAACUAUAACAAACAGACGGCGUCACACGCAAAUUCGAUUAAAAUUAAAACUUUACUUAGAGGGAAAUCAAAAGAUGCAGAUCUUUUAUUAGAUUGGUUAGAAAAAGGUGUUUUCCAGUCAGUAAAAUUAAGAUAUCUGAAAAUGUUAAGUUUAGAGAUAUUUUUAGAUGAAGAUAACCCAGCAGAACUUAUUGAAAACUAUUGUUUUAAAUUCGAUUACAAUUUUAAUGAUAAUUCUGUUAGUAUGAAAAUUAAUGAUGACAAGGACUCAAUUUCUUUGCUAGAUUCGAGAAAAAUGGCACAACAAUUAAUGAGGAGAUUUAUUAUAAUAACGCAGUCUCUCGACCCAUUACCACAGAAGAAAUUCCUCAAUAUGAAACUGAUGUUCAAUGAUUCUGUUGAUCCGGAUUAUCAGCCAACUAUGUUUAGAGAUGCCACAUUCGAUAAAAGAGCGACCAUCCAAAUACCUCUUUCUUCGAAUUUAGAAAGCUGUUCCGCUGGUAAUUUAAAUACAAAUUUCCAGAAGCUUAAUCUGAAUGUCUACUCCGCAGCUGAUAAUACUACUAAAGAAGGUACUCGCCAGAUUGAUCCCUUCGAAAUUGCUUUAGACGCUGAGGAAGAGGAGCAAGUUCAAUCUCAAAGUAUCCUAAAAGCAGGAUCAGUACAAUUUGUUGACAGUCCAACUACAAAUGUCCUCAGUAAAUUUUUGAACUCAUCACAACCCAGUAUUCAGCCUACGCAAAAAGCCUUCCAGAAUUAUACUCAAGAGGUUGGCACUCGUAGUACAUUGGGGCAAAUAGAAAAUAGUCAGGGCAGAUGUGAGUGUUCAAUCCCAUGUACCCAGUCUGCAAGUAGUGUGAAAAAAUGUAAACUUUGUAAAAGAGAGCUGCAUGGAAUUUGUUACGGCAAUUGUGGUCGUCCAAUGGUGGAGGCAUGCUUGACUUGUUUAGUUGGUGAAACCCACUGGGGUUUCAAAUCUGAUGAAUUCAAAGAUUUAAUGAUUUUAAGAAGAUGUUACAGAUUUAUGGCCAGAAAGCGUGGAAGUGUGAGUUCAGUAUUGGCUUUCUUUGAGCAAGUGGUACCUGCUGAUUUGUUAGACAAAGAGUAUAUGGAAAGAAUAAAAUUUGCAGUAGCAGUGCUAUUUCACGAUAACAUUUUUACAUUAGAGGAUGAUCAAAAUCGAAAAAGGACGCAAACUAAAAGAGUCAGUAACUCGGUUAUGAUUGACGUCGAUGGCGGGCUACUUAUUAAUUAUAAUAAACAAUUAUUAAAAGGUGAAAGACACAUAUGGAACUUCAGUUAUACAUCUCCUAAGGCACAUUCCUGUUACAUGGAUGUUUUUGCUAAAUCAACAAGUCAGUUUGAAGAAUGGCUACAAGAAAUUAAAGAGUUGAGGUUAAUUUGUAAAAAUCCAACCAGCGAAUUACCAGCAAUGGAAAAGCUGGCAAUUGAUGAUGAUCAUGAUCUUAACACACAAGAUCCGAUUAUAAUUAGGUCAAAAAGGAAAAAUAUUGAUCUAGAACAAUACUUAAAGGAUGAAAACAGUUCUCUUAUCAUAUCUGAUACAAUUGACAUGAAAAAGCAACAUGAUGAACCUGCUAGCAAAAAAAUAAGGAAGAUCAGUGUUUCGAAAAAAACGUUAAAGAGCAUCUGGUGA